AUGCCACAAGAAAAUUUGUUGGACAUCAGCACAAAUUGUGGAAUUGAAGAAAAAUUAAUUGAAGAAGUCAACGGUUCAGCUGAGAGCCAGAGUGACAUUACGCCACAUGACAAUUUGAUGGACAUCAGCACAAAUUGUGGAAUUGAAGAAAAAUUAACUGAAGAUAAGAACUUCAACAGACACUUAACACUAGCAAUGUUUACUCGAUCUUUACCCAAUGGACAAAAAUGUAAUAGGAAAUGGCUUCUUUAUUCACCUAGUGAAGGAUCUGUAUAUUGUUUUGUUUGUAAAUUGUAUGGAAGCAAUCGAGAGAGUCCCUUUAUUUCUGGUGGUUUUGACAAAUGGAAAAAAUCUGAACGGAUUGUCGAACAUGAAAAUAGUCUUCAACACAGAAAUGCUACCAAUAAGUGGUUAUUAAGAUCUAAUACCAACAACUCAGUUAAUAAAGAAUUAUGUCGUCAAAUUUCUGCUGAAACGAAUUAUUGGUUUGAAGUAUUGAAGAGACUUGUAUCUGUCAUUACAUUUUUAUCGUCUAGAGGCCUUGCUUUUCGAGGAAAGGAAGAAAAGUUCAAUAGUCAACACAAUGGAAAUUAUCUGGGCCUAUUAGAACUUAUUUCAGAAUAUGAUCCUUUCUUAAAGGCUCAUAUUGAACAGUAUGGAAAUCAAGGAAAAGGCAACCCAUCAUACCUUUCAAAAACUGUUUACCAUCAAGGCCAAUCUAUGUACAAGGUAUUAGAUGACUUUCUUGAAAAAAGUGAAUUAGACAUUAUGAACAUUAGGGGUCAAUCUUAUGACAAUGCCUCAAACAUGAGUGGUCAAUUUAAAGGGCUUCAAGCUUAUGUCAAAAAUAAAAAUCCAUUAGCUGUGUUUAUACCAUGUACAGCUCAUUCGUUAAAUCUAGUUGGAGUAAAUAGUGUAAAUUGUUGUACUGAAGCUGUCAAUUUUUUUGAUUUUGUACAAAAAUUGUAUAACUUCUUUAGUGGGUCAACUCACAGGUGGAAUGUACUUAUUAACAUAUUGAAAAAAGAAGAAAAAAAUAGUGUCAAUGGAAAUUCUAGUCGACUUCUUACACUUAAAUCCUUAAGUGACACUAGGUGGUCUUGUCAUGCAGAAGCUUGUAAAGCAAUAGUUGUAAAUUAUGAACAAAUUUUGACUGCGUUAAAAAGUAUGUAUGAUGGCAAAGAAAAUAAUGUUACAACUUUAGAUGCUAAAUCGUUAUGGAAGAAAAUGGUAAAAAGAGAAACUGCAUAUAUGUCAUUACUUUGGAAUGACAUCAUGGAAAGAAGUAACAUAACGUCAACUAAAUUACAACAUUCAAACUGUGACACAAUGAAGGCGAUCAACUUAUUAAAAUCACUGAAGUGUUAUGUGUUAAGUUUACGGGACUCAAAUUCAAUUUACGAAGAAAAAAUACCUAAUCUUAGUCCUGAAAUUAUCAUUUACUAUUCAGAUGAAAAGCAAAGAAAAAAAAUAAAAAAAUUCCCUGAUGGUAGCAUAAAUGAAGAAGUAUUAAAAGGAAAAAACAAAUUUCGUGUACAGACACAUAUAUUUAUUAUUGAUAAAUUUGUGUCAGAAUUAAACAAAAGAAUUUCCGCUUAUGAAUAUAUUGGUGAUAAUUUUUUAUUUAUAACACACUUAACUCAAGAAUCUAAUGAAAAAAUUGAUUUGAGUGUCUCAACAUUUAUUUCAAAAUAUAAAAAUGAUGUAGAUAUUACUUUACCGAACGAACUUGUACAAUUUAAAGAAUACUGGAAGCUUUAUCAACCUUCUUUUGAUCCAGCUGACAUUUCCAAAUUAUUUUCCUGGUUUGGUAAUCAAUCACUCGAAGAGGUAUUUCCUUGUUUAUUUACUACUUUAAAAAUAUAUUUGACAAUUCCAGUAGCUAAUUGUUCUGCGGAAAGAGCUUUUUCUAAGUUAACUAGAAUUAAAAAUAAGUAUAGAACUAGUCAAACACAAGAAAACUUAAAUAUACAAAUGAUUUUAUAUUCUGAGAAUGAUUUGUUAAAAUCAUUAGACUUAAAUGAUGUACUAAAAGAGUUGGCUUCAAAGCCCAGGAGGUGGAUAUCUGAAAGGGAACCGGAGCUGGACGUUGUUAUUGCAAAACAACCCGAAUGUACGAUUGGCACUCUUCUUUAUUGGCACUUAAAUUAUUAUAGGUUUGUUUUGCAGAUAUUUGAUGUCGAAGUUUUAAUUACGUCGUAA